UAGCUCUGCUAAGUCCUCAAGUGGAGUUCUUUAAAAACCAGAAUUAUUUUCUACAAAUGGAGCAACUUGCCUUGAACGAAUCAAUAUCUGCUCGCGCAGUUGACAAGUUACAUAAAGAUGCUCUAAUUGAAGCAAACAAAGAAAAGGUGCAGAGAUUGAGGCUACUGCAAUUGAAGAUAUUUGAACAGCAGCAAAUGCAGGCAAGCAUGUUUAUUAAUAUGGAUGGUGUAGGGUCAAUGGACCCGAAGAUGGUGAACUAUCCAGGUUUCACUCAAUCUGAGCUGGGAAAGACGUUAUAUAGUUCAGACUCAAAAAAAGCACAAAGUGGAGAAAAGGCAGCAGCAGAGAAUUUGCAGAACCAGAUCAGUGAGGCAGCUGAACAAACGCUCGAUGUGAAACCGAGCUUGGGAGUGGCUGCAGGAGGAAAUAAGGAACUGAGGCUGCACUUCAAUAAAACUACAUAAUCAGAGAGGAACCAGAACCAGGAGCCUCCGCUCAGUCGCUUCACAUCAGAUUUCAUUCAUGAAUCGGCCGCAGUUGCUUUAUUUUAUUAUUUGAAUA